AUGUCCUUCCUCACGCACCCAUUUUUCCUCCUCGCCAUGUCCCUCCGCCCCCCAGAGCUCCCACUCGACGAGCGAAAGCACCCCGAAAACUCCCCCAUCCCCAUCCCGCCAGGCCUCCUCCCGAUGCUUGUCCAGACCUUCGAGACCCCCGAGCCUGUCGACACCACCGACUGGCCGGUAUGCUACAAGUGCGACCGCCCGUUCAGCAGCGAGCUGGCGCUGCGCCACCACCUCGCGUCCGUGUUCCAUCACCCCGCGGAGGCCCAGAGGAGGACGUCGACGGCCGAUGAAAGUGUGUCGGGCGGCGAGGAGAGCUGGGUGUGUGAGGUCUGCGUGGACAGGAAGGCGUUCAAGUCGGCGCUCGCGCUGCGCAUGCACUCUGUCAACGGGAACCACACGCGCGAGGUGUACGAGACGCCGGCGGAGGUGGAGGCGCUGCCAACGCCGGGGUGGGGGAAGCUCGUGUCGAGCUGGGGUUUGCCCGUCAAGCAGGGUGGCUUGGAUAACCAGGAUCAGAGGGUGGAGAUGGCGCUGAGGAAAAUCUCGGAGGAGAUUGGGAAGACGAAGCGGGUGAACUUUUCGGAUGCGAUGUUGGCAGAGAUUGAUACGGAGGCUGAGGCGACGCAGAUUCUCAUUCUCUCCGCCACGCGCGAUCUCGCACUCCUCGUCCACACGCUCCUGGCCACCCGCUGCGCAAACUUCGGCAUAACAACCUACGCAUGCGUCGGCGGGACAGCGAUCCAGGACGACAAGAUCUCGCUUUCGGAGGGGCCUCAUAUCGUCUCGGGGACGCCGGGGCGGGUGUGCGACAUGAUACGGCGGCGGGCUCUGCGCACAGACGGGAUUAGGCUGCUGGUGCUGAAUAAGGAAGAGAUGCUACUGAAUAGGAGUAUGUGGCCACAGCUGGCGGCCGUGUAUGGGUUGCUGGAUGUGGAGACGAGGGUGGUGAGGGCGAGUGUGCGGGUGAGGGAGGGGACGGUGUGA